CCGCGGCGCGGUCAUGUUGUUAGUAUGUUAGCCCACGGGAGCUAAACCGAGCUAACUGGCGGAACUGUGAGGAGGUUGUUGUUGAAGAAUUGUUCGCGCAUUGCAGACGAGGCUGCACGGGGGCGCGUGGACAACAAGGGUUUGAGGGUCGCACCUCCUUUUUAGCCCCGAGGAGAGACGUCAUCGUCGUCAUUUAUGACAGGUAGCAGCGAAACAUAACCAAAGGGGCAGUGAUCCAUAACGCCCCCCACCCCACUGUUGCUUUCCUCCCCCUCCAGAGGCAACAUGGAGCUCCAGGCGUCUUACGGGCAGCUGGGAGCAGAGGGGGAUUGCGAGAUGUCGAGUCUGCUGUUGCCCAGUCCCCAGAGCGAGGCGGUCACCCACGAGAUGGAGGAGCUGUCGCUGCAGCCUCUGCCUCCGCUGAAUAAACGCAAAAAUGGCCAGGACUCUCAGCCUCAGACAAUGGCCUAUAUGGAGGUAGAGACCCCCAGUGACCGCUGCACUAGGUUCAGAGCAGUCCUGCAGUUGAGGCUUCAGCAAAGGCGAACCCGGGAGCAGCUGGUGGACCAGGGCAUCAUGCCGCCUCUGAAGAGCCCGGCAGCUUUCCAUGGGCAGAUUCGCAGCUUGGAGAGAGCCAGGACUGAAAAUUUCCUCAAGCACAAGAUCCGUAGUCGUCCAGAGAGAGCAGAGCUGGUCAGGAUGCACAUCCUGCAAGAGACCGGAGCAGAACCCUCAUUACAGGCCACCCAGAUGAAACUGAAGAGGGCGCGGCUGGCCGACAACCUGAACGAGAAGCUCGCCCAGAGGCCCGGCCCCAUGGAGCUGGUGGAGAAAAACAUCCUGCCUGUGGACUCCAGCGUUAAAAAGGCGAUCAUCGGUGAGGGGCAGAGAAACGUGGGUCAGGUGAAUUAUCCGAAGGUGUUGGAUGAAGACAGCUGCGAUGCUCUGUCCCCAGAGCACCCAGCCAGCCAGGAGCCCCAGAGCUGUGUCGCCUCUCCAGCGGAGAGCAAAGUGCCAGAGACGCCUUCUCUAGUCCCAGCACCACCAACACCCAACACCCUGCUGCAGGCCUUCCCAGUUGCUACACAAGCAGCAACAGACUUUGUGAAAGUGAUCUCUGUGAUUGAACAACCUGCCAGCCGCCCAGCUGUCACUCCUGUACAGCCGUUCACCACAUCUGCUCUUUUAAAACCAGGCCCGACGCUGGUGAAACAAAGUCAGCCGAAGUCACCCUCAGAGAAGAGUCGCAGUAAGAAGGGCAAAGAGCCCAAGUCCCGGGUGAAAAAGCUCAAGUACCACCAGUAUGUUCCCCCAGACCAGAAGCUGGAGGCCAGUGAAGCCCCCAUGGACUCCUCUUACGCCCGACUGCUGCAGCAACAGCAGCUGUUCCUCCAGCUGCAGAUCCUGAGCCAGCAACAGCAGCAUUACAACUACCAGACUAUAUUACCGGCACCACUCAAGCCUGUAACUGAGGGUCAGAGCGGCAGCGCUGGGAGCCUGCCGACCUCCAUUAUGGUGUCUUUGCCCACUGCACCUCCACCUCCCUCUGCAACUCCAGCUCUGACUCGUCCAAGCAACUCGCUCUCAAACCGCAAGCCAGGAGUCUUGCCUGCCAAUCUGGAGGAGAUGAAGGUGGCUGAACUAAAACUGGAGCUAAAGCUGCGUGGUCUCCCUGUGUCGGGGACAAAGACUGAUCUGAUAGAAAGACUGAAGCCUUUCCAGGACAACCACUGCACCUCGGCCCCUACCACCAUUCCCGUCACCACCCUCUCCUCCAUGUCCAUGGAUGUCACCACCACUAGCAGCCCCGCCAUAGUCCUUCCAGUCCAGCAGGUGGCUCCAGAGAACAUGAACCCGACACCGCCGGUCUCACCCAUUACCAGUGACCGCUCAACUCUCCAGCAGGAUCUAGGCAUGUCUGAAACACAAAUGUUGAGCUCUGGCUGGGCAGGUUCGCAGUCCUCCCCUCUCUCGUCUUUCAGAGUCCCGGAGGAAAAGGACCGGCGGCUCCAUGAAAAGGAGCAGCAGAUCGUGGAGUUGAUGAAGAAGCUGGAGCAGGAGCAGAGGUUGGUGGAGGAGCUGAAGAUGCAGCUGGAGGUGGAGAAGAGAGGCCAGGGGGGCUGCACCACUGACUCUGCAUCUCCAAAAUUAAAUUCUGUACCUACCAUCAACCCUGUUCUUACUGCCCUAAGCUCAAAUGUAGUCAAAAUGGAGGGUUCAGUCCUGUCAAACUGUUCAUCCUCUGCUGGUACAAUCCCCAACUCUAUGUUUGGAUCCCAGGCUCUCUCCCCCCUGCCAACAGUAGUCAAGUUGGAGGAUGUGACUGUUUCUUCUGGCAAGCCGAUUCAGCUCCAGACCCAAACCCAGAUUAUUACCAAGAUCCAGGCUCAGCCCCAAAUAAUCAACAGCCCUCACCUCCUCUCCCAGUCACAGAGAAGUCCCAAACUCCAGACCCAGCCCCAGUCCCAACCUGCAGCCCCAAGCCUGCAGCAGUUCUUCAUCAGCCACACUGGCAGGGUAUCCCAGGUGCUGGGUCAGCCUCAGACCUUGUUAACCACCACAGGCCAGACUGGGAGGAUCCUCCUCCCAGUCUCGCUACCCAACAGCGCUACAGCAAUCCAGCUGCCAAACACCAAUGUCAGCCUGCAGCCUGUCCUUCAAGCCACAGUCUCAAAUCCAGGCCUGGUCCAAGCCUCAGUUCCUCAGCGACAAACCACUAAGGAGACCGCACCCAACCAGCAGUUAUCCAACCACAACCCACUGCUUCAGACUCUGACUCUGUGCAAUAACACCGCUGGUUUGGAGAACCAGACUCGGCCUGAGAUGAAUCCACAGUGUUUCCUGAGACAUAGCCCGGAGAACAGGGUCUCUCCACGAGCUUCACCCAACCAUCGCAUCUCCAACGGACCCCUCAAUAAGUGUCCUUCUCCCCAGCCCACCUUCAUCCUUCAACCCACCUCCCUUGUUACUCGGCCUCCCAAGACGAGAGAGCCUCCCCGCUACGAAGAGGCUAUCAAGCAGAGCCGCAACCUGCACGUCAACAGUGUGUCACAGGUUCCCACGGCAACCAGCCAGCAAAUGGAUGACUUGUUCGACAUCCUCAUAGAGAGUGGAGAAAUCACUCCUUUUAUCCAGCAGGACGCUCAUGUGUCUCACAAUAAGACCCUCCCAGUCACGGCAAACAUCUCUACCCUGUCGGUCAACACGGCGCUCUCCAGGCCGCCUCCACAGAUCCAGUCGGCCCCUCCGCCCACCCUGAGCCCCCUCAUCGGCCUCGGCCUGUCCAGCCUCUCCUCGCUUGCCACGGACAAUCAGCUGGAGGCCUUUCUGGAGGGCACCCUGGCCGACGCGGCACCAGCGUCAGACCCGCGCACACGGGGCCUGAUGGAGGAGCUGCAGGCCCAGCUGAUGGAACAGCAACCCUAUUCGCCCAUGGACACGUCCGACUUGUCCUUCUGUGAUUCUUCAUCGCCCUCCUCGCUCAACAUGGGCCUGUCUGACCCGGGCCUGGACAACAUGGAGUGGAUGGACCUCUCCUUGCCACCGGGUCCUGCUGGGGCACUCACACCUCUGGGAAUCCCGACAGACUUCCUGGAUUCACAAGACCUGCAGCUGCACUGGGACUGACGGAGGGGUGGAUGUCCAGGGAGAGCAGCAGAGCCAGGAGGGAGACAUUGACGGAUGGAUGGAUGAAGGAAGGAAGAGAAGAGGAAAGGAAUCGACAGCCUUGCAAAGAGGUUGAGUUUCAACAUUUUUAAUUAGGAGAAAAUGUGGCAUUUUGUGCCAAACCACUCUCACUACUACAUCCUCACCCUCUGUAAUAUUCCCACUUUACUACAGUUAGAAAUGCUGCAGGCACUGAUUCAAGUUGAACUACACGCAGGAGUUUGCACAGUUUUAAAAGAGAGAAUAGGGCCUCAUAUGGCCGAACAGCCAGAAUAACAUCAUCACGAAGGCAACAUGGCCGAUCAUAUCAGAUCUAAAAAAACGUCCGACAGCGUUAAAGAGACAAGAGAUGGAGCCGAAUGAAUCCUAGUAGCAUGGACUGUUUGUAAAUACUCUUUAAACCACACUGAAACGACUUCACUUGAAUGAAGAACGGCGUUAACGGCCGAGAGCCUCGACUGGCGGUCUUUCAGCGUGAGCACUGCAUCUAUUUUACCGUGCAAGCGCAGUAACGGGUUGUAAAAGGGUGGCGGGUGGUGGGACGUGUGUUCCACUGGAGCGCGUUCUAGCUUAUAAACGCUGGUCAUUGCAGCACAAUAAAUGUGUCGCUGCAGAUGUAGUCUGCACAUUGAUAGGGAUUUAUAUUCUCAACACAAUACAUAUGAGGCUUGGCCUGGGACGUCAACUACUGGCCUUUCCCCCGGGCCAACGCUCAGACUAAAGUAGUUUCAGUCUGAGGUGCUUGUUCCCUUUUAUGAUUGGAAGCCACACAAGCUCAGUCGGCCACUGCACAGCGUUUCAAAGGUAACUGAGAGGAGGUCAAGCCUCCGUUCACACUGUACCACGUACUGUACAUCACAUGUGUGCUGACCUAUCUGGCAUGUUGUAUCAGGCGCGACUGUUUUCUUCUGACCUUUGGUGACCUUUUCAGGCCGACGAACCAAUGACUCUAAAGAACAAAGACUCGACUUCGGUCCCAUGACGAGAGGGGGGAGCUCCUCUACGUGAGAGCUAUGCACCUCACUCACCUCGGAACAAAGGGAAUGCACACUGUGCAUAUCCAAGGGGAUCAUUACUAUGAAGGGAUCAAUAUGAUUGUGAUCAACUUCAAGAUCGUGUGGCCAAUUGCUCCACAGAUGCUGCAGUUGUCCAAGUAUCUUACUUUGAAUGUAAUUUUAGAAAAAUAAUGGGACUUCACUCCCAACAAAGGUUGGCAGCUUUUCUUUUUGUUCUUUUUGUGAUAGUAAACUGACAUAAAACGGUGGAAAGGGAACAAAUAUCGGUUUAUUAAGACUUGCAGACACAUAUCCAGAAUAAUUUUGAACUGCAAUGUAUAUCAAAGAAUGACAAUGUCUUUGGAGGAGGCGUGUGUGUGUGUGUGUGUGUGUGCGUGCGUGCGUGUGUGCGUGUGUGUGUGUGUGUGUGUGUGUGUGUGUGUGUGUGUGUGUGUGUAUGACAGACACAGCCCAUUGAUGGAGUGACCAACCGUCAUUUGGAUGAAUCAGAAUACUCUUCAGUUGGGCUGUGCCAAAUAGUUUCAAGUUUAAUUCAUAAUGUCGACAUUCAAAUUCUUGCAGCUGUAUUUCAAAGAUUAGGCUGCGCUAACAUUAUUAGUAUUAUGGUCUGCUAUGUGUAGAAUGAGACUCCACUGGUGGCUGUAUGGGAUUGUUUCCUAGUCGUGUGAUCCAGACAGCAUUGUAAAGUCAGAAAAACGUUUAUUAAACAAGAAACAUUUUUUGGGAAAAAGAAGAUGAAUGCAAUAACACAAAAAACAAGAUGAAACAUUUUCACUGUGGUCUAAAACAAUUUACUCUCCCGGACGCACCUGUGUUAAUGAGGCGGUCUGGCAGCAAUCUAAAACUCACAUUUAUACAUAACCACAAUGACAAAACAAUCCUGUUAUUCAUCGUUUCUCCUUAUGAUAUGACGACAGACGUUUAAAACCUCAAAGAUAUUAAUUCCAGCACUAUUCUAAUGUGAUUUUUCGGCAGAGGAAAUAGUCUCAAUCGUGACGCAUCAGUUGGUGUCUGACCGAGUGUGAGAGAAGUGUGUGUGUGUGUGUGUGUGUGUGUGUGUGUGUGUGUGUGUGUGUGUGUGUGUGUGUGUGUGUGUGUGUGUGUGUGUGUGUGUGCGCGUGCGCAUGUCGAUUUGUCUUCCCUGUCUUUUGCAUGUGCACCUGUGACUCUGUGUGCAUGAUUGUAUUUGUGUGAAAUCACGGGCCGCCUCGAGCUCUUGUUGUCUGAAGAAAUGUACCAAUAUCUACGAGAUCAAAUCAUUCGGUUGACAUUAUUCAAAACAAAGCUCUUCAAAAAGGCUUCUGAUGGCUGUUUCCUGUUUGUAUCUGUUGGUCACGCGGCGCGAUACGCAGUGAAGUGGGCGUGGCUACUCUUAAAGCCGCCCUGAAUUCUAGAUCACCCGUUUUUAGCAGAUUGCUUCAAAGCUAAACCUCGAGUCACUGAUUCAGUGUCUCGGUCGAGGAUAUUAUUUUGGGUUUGAUGCAGUCUCACCGUAUGGCACUUUGAAAUAAGAUGGCUUUUUUAAAAAUCUUUUCUUUUUUUCAGUCAUGUCCAGCGAAAUCGCAUUUUUAACUUGAAUCUGUCAUUGCGUCCGUGGACACUAGAGGGCGCUGCCUUUCUUCUGCUGUGGCACAUGUUUAGGGGCAUUUCUAGCACGAAAACGUUGAAAUGAGCCGGUUUUUUUCUUGCAUUUUAAAUCCAAUGUUUUUUUGUGUUUUGUUUUUUUACGACUGUGUAAUUACUGAUUUGCUGCUUAUCGGCAAACAUUUGGUGGGUGACGGAUUAAGAGCCCUCUUUGUGUGUGUGGUGCUCUUACUGCUGCAGUAUCAGAUGGAUGGGCCCAAACAUCGGACCACCUGAAGGAGCUCCGGCAAGUACUUCACAGACAUGCUCCUGGGCUCUGUUGUAUUUGAGUUUGUUUUUUUCUCCUACGAAGAGAAUUGUAUGAGGACCUCAUUGUCGUUCCCCGCUGGUUGGUGCACCUUUUGGUUCCGUUGAGUCGGGGUGCUGGGACCCCGACUACCCCCGAGGAUAACAAUCACUUAUUGAUUCCUGUGUUUCCUAUAAGAGAUGAUUUUCAGCUUUAAGGCUGACACAUUUGAUAUUUUGUUACCUGAAUAAGGCAGUCGAACAUAUUAUCACAUGUUGUUUUUCCAUGUUUUUGUAUUUUUUUCACUUUGUUUUGUAGGGUGAAAAUUGUAAAAGGAAAAAAAAAACACUAAACAUUUAAUCUUGCUUUCAUGCCUGUGUAAAAAAAAAUCUGUAAAAAAGGAUUUUCAAGUGUAUAAUUCAGGUUAGCGGAGUUGUUUUUAUUUUAUUUCCCAUAUCAGACUUGGCUGCGGUAACUCUACUCGCACGUAUGUGACAAGAGCUCGAUGUUACACCACUUACCGUCGGCCGGACCGGGACCGCUUCAAGGUGUCUGUUACACACACACACACACACACACACACCCGGUCCAGCUUCAAGUUUGUAUUGUUCGUAGAACCUUUAGAAUAAUACAGUCUAUAAGUUGGAAAGCACUUAAGAACCGAGUGGUUUGAAUAACCUUCUAAAGUUUAGAGGUGUGUGGUCUGUGGUAUCAUCGUGUAGACGUGGAACAUUUGCCGGUUGAGAAGUGGAACUUAAGCGCAGACGAGACGUUUCAUUUCCGUCGAUGUCUUUCGGGAACAUUUCCAUCCUCCAUUGUAGAUCUCCGCCACCCACGCUACGCCUCUUGUCCUUUGUAUGCCAUAUGUUUUGCACAUUGUGUACAUAUUUAUAUAGAUGUAAUGCAUAUUUUUCUACAUGUGUAACAUCCAUGGGGUCUCUAUAAUGUAAAUACUCAAAAAGAUGUAUAUAAGUACUGUAUGCCUUUUCCGUGUCAAUAAAUGUGGUGUACUGUGAACACCUCUACA